GGAUGCUGAUCCGCCCAGUCCGCUGAGCGCGGGCGUCCCUGCUCCGUCCGAAGGCGGACGCCGAGCUCCGGCGCCUCCUCCACCUCGUCCCCGAGGCUUCCGAGCACCCGGGGCUCCUCCCGCCCGCUCCCUCCCUCUCUCCCUCUCUCUCCCUCUCGCGCUCUCGCGCUCGCAGGGCCUUCCUCACGGUCCGUGCGAACCGGCGGUGGCGAGCCGUCUCGGACGCAGCAUGCAGGCGCGCUACUCCGUGUCCGACCCCAACGCCCUGGGAGUGGUGCCCUACUUGAGCGAGCAGAAUUACUACCGAGCGGCGGGCAGCUACGGCGGCAUGGCCAGCCCCAUGGGCGUCUACUCGGGCCACCCGGAGCAGUACGGCGCGGGCAUGGGCCGCUCCUACGCGCCCUACCACCACCACCAGCCCGCGGCGCCCAAGGACCUGGUGAAGCCGCCCUACAGCUACAUCGCGCUCAUAACCAUGGCGAUCCAGAACGCGCCCGAAAAGAAGAUCACCCUGAACGGCAUCUACCAGUUCAUCAUGGACCGCUUCCCCUUCUACCGAGAGAACAAGCAGGGCUGGCAGAACAGCAUCCGCCACAACCUCUCGCUCAACGAGUGCUUCGUCAAGGUGCCCCGCGACGACAAGAAACCAGGCAAGGGCAGCUACUGGACCCUGGACCCGGACUCCUACAACAUGUUCGAGAACGGCAGCUUCCUGCGGCGCCGACGGCGCUUCAAGAAGAAGGACGUGCCCAAAGAGAAGGAGGAGCGGGGCCACCUCAAGGAGCCGCCCCCGGCCGCGGCCAAGGGCGCCCCGGCCGGGCCCCCCCUAGCGGACGCCCCCAAGGAAGCCGAGAAGAAAGUGGUGAUCAAAAGCGAGGCGGCGUCGCCCGCGCUGCCGGUCAUCACCAAGGUGGAGACGCUGAGCCCCGAGAGCGCGCUGCAGGGCAGCCCGGCGGCCUCCUGGUAUCUCAACCACAGCGGGGACCUGAACCACCUCCCCGGCCACACGUUUGCGGCCCAGCAGCAGACUUUUCCCAACGUCCGGGAGAUGUUCAACUCCCACCGGCUGGGGAUUGAGAACUCGACCCUCGGGGAGCCCCAAGUGAGUGGCAACGCCAGCUGUCAGCUGCCCUACAGAUCCACGCCGUCCCUCUACCGCCACGCCGCCCCCUAUUCCUACGACUGCACGAAAUACUGACGGGCCCCGGCCCCCUCGGCCUCGCCGCCCCGACGCCACCCUCUCGGACAGUGCAGGCUCGCAGAGACCAAAAAGAACCCAAACGCGCCCACCAGCUUUUUCUCAGACCCGGGAGCAGAGCGCGCGCGCCAGCCUCCGCCCUCUGGGAAGCUGCAGGUAACUUUAAUUCGCCACCCUGUUUGUGAGAAGCCCCCGGUGAAGGGACGCGGCCCCAGGAAAUGAAUCUGAACGCCCCCCUCCCCUACCAGAAUGGCUAAAGCUCUCCGCUCCAUUGGGGUUUCCAAAAUUAAGUUAUGGACCAAAUCCCAUAGCGACCCAGUCAAUGACUCUCUGUAGAGACCUCCAUAGGUUUAUGGGGAUCUCUAUAGAUUUUGUAUGUGCUGUGUGUAAUUUUAAAUUUCUCUAACCGUGCUGUACAAAUGUGUGGAUUUGUAAUCAGGCUAUUUUGUUGUUGUUGUUCAGAGCCAUUAAUAUAAUAUUUAAAGUUGAGUUCACUGGAUAAUUUUCAUCUUGCCCAACCAUUUCUAACUGCCAAAUUGAAAAUUCAUAAAAUCUAAGUGGGGCUUUCCCCCCCCCUGUACAAUUAUGAGAUAUAAUUCUUUUCCCAGUUGUAGGUCUUUUACAAAACAAGAAAAUAAUUUAUUUGUUGUUGUUGUUGUUGGCUGAGAAAGAAGUCAAGUAUCUGAUACUUUUUAUUUACAAAGUGUGAUGGUUUUGUAUAGUAGAUUUCUCCCUGAGCAUUCCUAAAAGAAAAAAAAAAAACUUUAAAAAAUUUAACUUCACCUGUGUUUUGUCUUAUGUGGUCUUAAUUGUUGUACUUACCUUAAAAUAAACCCAUGUUGUUUUUCUGCCCAAAAAAACAAAAAAAA